CACAACCAAACGGAACAGCCGGUGUCCGUGCAACCGCCGCGGGCGCUGCUGCCUUCGCUGCCGUGCCGCCGGUGCGCAGGGAGUUAACCGCGCCCGGUGCUGCGGCCCCCGCCCGGGACGGGGCGGUGCCCGCCCGCUGCAGCCGGGAGGCGGCUCGGCCGGCGCGCCGUGUAGCCCGGUCGGGUCGGGUGCAGUGAGAGGCUCUUCUCGGUUUCCAGCGGCGGUCCCCGCUGCCCCAGGUAUAAGCAUACAUGGCUUCUGGUGUCUCAAAUGAGAAGAAAACUGAUGAUGAACAGUCUUCAAAAGAGAAUUUUAUCUGUCUCUGCAACCCUCACCUGGAGAAAAUGAAAGAAGACAUCCUGUACCAUUUUGCUCUCGGGACUGGCACCCAUGAUUUUCCAGCAUUGUUUGGGGAUGUAAAGUUUGUAUGUGUUGGAGGAAGCCCAUCACGGAUGAAAUCUUUUAUCGCCUACAUAGCUGAAGAACUGGGGCUGGGCAGCCCUGGCUCCGACUACCCCAACAUCUGUGCAGGAACCGACCGCUACGCAAUGUACAAAGUGGGACCUGUCUUGUCAGUCAGUCAUGGUAUGGGCAUUCCUUCUAUUUCAAUCAUGCUGCACGAGCUGAUCAAACUGUUGCAUCAUGCCAAAUGUUCCAACAUAACCAUUAUCCGCAUUGGCACCUCUGGUGGAAUAGGUCUGGAGCCAGGCUCAGUGGUUAUAACUCGUCAGUCUGUAGAUGCCACCUUCAAACCUCAGUUUGAACAGGUUAUUCUGGGAAAGACUGUAAUUCGCAGUACAGACCUAGAUGAACAGCUAGCUAAGGAACUGAUGCAGUGCAGUAAAGAAAUAAAUCAAUUCAAUACAGUUGUUGGAAACACCAUGUGCACCCUGGAUUUCUAUGAAGGACAGGGCAGGUUGGAUGGUGCCAUCUGCUUAUAUAAUGAAGAAGAGAAACUGCAAUAUUUGAAGGAAGCUUAUGAUGCUGGUGUCAGAAACAUAGAGAUGGAGUCUUCUGUAUUUGCUGCAAUGUGUAAUCUCAGUGGUGUCAAAGCUGCCGUAGUGUGUGUCACUCUUCUGAAUCGGCUUGAAGGGGAUCAGAUUAGUAGCUCACAUGAUGUACUUGUGGAAUAUCAGCAGAGACCGCAGAAAUUAGUGGGUUAUUUCAUUAAGAAACGUCUUGCGAAAGUAUGAAAUAGCCAUCUCGGUUUUACAGAAGCAGAAGGCUGUUGCACAGCUGAACUCCUGGUCGUGACUUGUGUGCAUUAAAGGUCCUUUGCCUCAGAAUACCUCACAGCAUUCCCUGUGUUUGUGGAAGUUAAUCAUUUAUGCCACUGUGCUUUGGGAACUCAAUGUGCUAAGUGGACUUCAGUUAAGUUUUGCUUACUUAUGCGUUACUGGCUAUAAAACUCACUUUUCUGUGAAUUGGAAAGCGGAUCUGUUGUGAAGGAUGAGCCUGCAGUAAUAUAUGAAAAAAGCUUUAUUUAUCCUUGCUGUAAAAGAAAAACUGGGAAGAAAAUAAAACUUUAUUGCCAAGUACUUGUUAACCACUGAAUUAAAAUUAACUUAAUAAUGCUAAUGCCUUUCUCGUUGUUUUAAAAAAAUUAUUAAAAGUAUAAUUGUUCCACUUGUAAAGAAAAGUUAAAGUGAAUGCAGUUUAUUUUUGCAGACUUUGACAAAUAAACAAUACUAUUUUCAUAUAUUAAAAUUGCAAAAUGUGGAACUGAAUUUUCUAACUAUUAAGGGACUAACUACUAACUUGACACUGAGUUGUUGAAUAUCUUGUACUUCCUAGAUACUGAUCCAACAGGGUCAUUCAUAUCCCAUUUUAACUAUAUGAUUGAAUCAAUACCCAGGAAACAUUUAUGUGUUAAGUAAUUUUGCAUUGAAGAACUCUUUCGCUGAAUAAAGGUUGCUGGUUACCAAAGAGGAGCCAAAGGCAUUCAGGAGAUGUACAGGAAAUUCACAGGACUGCAUUAUGAUAGUUCUUUUUUAUUUUUUCUUUCUUCUCCUUUGCUUCUUUUAAAAUUGUUUUUCAUCUCCAUGUCUUCAGGACAUAAUACUCACUUUUGCAAUGGUUCUCAGUUCUUCUGAAGAACCAGAGAAAACGUAUUGCUCGUACACACCAUUGAAACCAUUUCUGCCUUUUUUUCCACUACUGUUGGCCUAGUUUUUGUUUCUUUUUAAAAUCAUACUCAUUGCUGCUUUUCUGCUGUGAUCAGAACGUAAAUAUGUGCUCAGCUAAAGAAAAAUGUGUUUAUCUCUUUUUGUACCACAGUGGAUGGUCCAGUCCUAGCAGGAGACACAGGUCAGAAUGGUCUGAAUAAAAUCUCGGAACAGUCACUGAUCCAGCUAAAUGAGAUUUUCUUUUUGAAGACUGUAGUCUGCAACACUCUGUUAACAGGCAUUAGAGCUAGACCUAACCGGAACGAUGUAGCGGUAAGGCACAUUGACCGAGAAGUGCCAGAAACUGGAAGCAGUGUGAUGGAAACACUGAAAAAGGAAGGGAUGACUCUUAUGAAUAGGAAACUGCCAGUGAGGGUUAAUCACCUUAAACUUGAUGAAUUUUCAACUGAAGAACAGAUAAAAAGAUAAGAAUACUGCAUUUUUUAACUUAAGUUCUCUAAUUUUAAAAACACAUUUUCUCGUACAUACUUGGGAUACAAUAAAUGUAAAUUUUCAGAUAAA